CAUGCGGAGGAAUUGCUUGUUGUAAAUGCAGUGUCAGCGACUCUACGUGGCGAUUUUGGAAGCCGGUGGAAGGCGUAAUGUGGAGAGCGCGAGGAGGAGCUGAUUUUAUUCGGCCAACGACACGUCCACGGAAUCCACGUGUAGCCCGUCACUGAUGCAAACAUACGGGACUGUGCUGCUCUCAUCAACCGGGCUGGGUUUCAUCAUUGGGCGACCGCUAACCGUCGCUGCGAGAGGUGUGCCGAAGCGAUCCAGUGGAGCAGUUAAUAUGAUCACAGCACGGAUGCUGUUCUUGCUCAGCCUCUUUACACUGAGUCUGUGUGCUCCACAAGUUCAGCAAACGCUCAGUGAUGACAUCGUUGUACCAGACCUUGCAAAUCCUUUUGGGUCCAACGAAGACAACCGCAGGCUCUUGCAAAGCUACAUCAAGAGCAGCCUGAAGGAAGGACAGAACAGUCCAGAGCUGAACACAAGAGAACAAGAGAUCUUCUUCCUUUUCUCCCUGUAUGACUAUGACCGAAGUGGGCAGAUGGAUGGCCUUGAACUGAUGCAACUACUGACAGAUUUCCUGACUCAUCAUGAAAUGAUGCCAGAGUCAGCAGAUUCUAUUGUAUUUUUGGUGGAUGAUCUGCUACAAACUCAUGAUCUGAACCAGGAUGGACUGCUGGUUCCUUCAGAGCUGUUAUCAUCCACCAUAGACUAUCGGCAAGAAAACAUUGCUCCCCCUGAUCCACCUGCAGAGGAGGCCUUAAAACAGGAACAAACACACACCCAAGGGUCUGAACAUGGAAAUGAGACAGAAGACUCCGCUAAAGAAGAAAACUUGGAGGCUGAGAGUCACAAUCAGAUACCUGAAAAGCAGGACCGACUGCAGCCUCCAGAAGAGCAGGAAUUGCAAGAUGCUCAUCAGGAACAGAAGAACAUGCCAGUACAUCAAGGGCAACCAGAGAUCUAGUGCCAACUUAAGCUUGAAAUGCAACUUUAGAAACUUGUACAAGUCAACUUUUGAAACCACUCACCUGCUGCAUAUACUUUAUGACUGACGCAUAAUUUAAAUAUACUAAAAGUUAUGAAACUGAAGAGCAUGUGUUAAUGCUAGCAUUGCGGUACACAUCACCUUGUGGAUCCUCUGAAUGGAGUAACCCAAACACCUGAAUAAGUAAUUCUCGGUUCAGACUAUGCAAAUCCAGAAAGUACAACUUGGAUUUACUCCAUUUAAUACUGGAAUCUAGUCACAGCCAAUUUAGCAACCAUUGUAAAGGUUUUGUACCCAACUCAUGGCAUAUUUCUGUACCUAGCUCUUUUUUUGUGUGUUAAACACCAUUGAAAUAAACCUAGCUCAAUUAGAA